AUGUAUAAUGACAAUAAUUAUGAUAUUAGUUAUAAUAAUGUGAUUGAAUUGCUUGAAUAUGAUAAUGAGUAUAAAUAUAAUGGACAUAAAUAUAAUAAUGAAUAUCAGAAUGAACAAACAUAUAAUAUUAGAAGCAGAAGUGUAAAUGAAAAUGUAAAUCAAAGUAUAAGCAGAAGUGGAAGCAUAAACAAAAGUAUAGUUGGAAGUGUAGUUGGAAGUGAAGUUGGAAGUGGAAGUGGGAGUAUAAAUGAAAAUGAAAGUAGUGGUAGUAAUGCUUCUUUCUCUUCCUCGAGAAAACCAACAUCUGCUGUCUAUGAACAUUAUAAUUUUUUCAAAUGGUUAAUGGCAUUCAAAAAUUUUGAAGGUUUUAGACAAAAGUUGCUUCAUUGGAUAGUAAUUAAUGAUCAACCAUUUGUUGUUACUGAAGACCAAUCUUUUAGAGAGGUGCUGACAUAUAUAAAAUCUGAUAUCAAUAUUCCAUCACUAGAUACUGUUUAUUGUGAUUUAUCAAAAAAAUUUAAACAAACCAAAGAAUUGGUUUGUAAACACUUACAAGAAACACCUGGACUUAUUUCAUUCACAGUUGAUGCAUGGACCAGUAGGAAUCAACUUCCAUUCCUUUUAUUUAAAUAA